AUGUCUUCGGAACAGAGGAUGGAAACAGAGGACUUGUCUACCCAAAAAAGAAAGGCCACCUCCUCACCAUCGCCAGAGGAUGGCGUGGCUGCUAAGCGCACCAAACUGGAGGACGGGAACGUCCAGGACAGGAUCAGUGAGAUUGUUGAAGGGGAAGCGACGCCAAAAACCGGCAGGACAGAGGAACCUGUAAAGGACUCGAUGGAGGAGCCGGUCGCCACAGCGAGGGAGAUCCACGCCACGUCAACUACCAAGGACAACGAUCAUCCAAUGGAGAACGAAGCUGUGGCACGCGCCCAAGAGACCACAGUUCAAAGCCCAGUCACUACUAGGAGAGAGUCUGACGAGCAAAGGGAGCAGGCCGCACCGCCGUCUCGAAAGGCACCACUUAGCCCCGAACAAACGCGGAAGAAUGUUAGCCUAGAGGAGAAGAAACGCGGCAGGCGCUUGUUUGGUGGUCUCCUCAACACUCUAAGUCAGACUACACCCAACAACUCACAGCAAAAGAGGAGAAAGGAGAUUGAACGCCGCCAGCAGGAACGAGUGCAGCAGCAGAGAGUCGAGGAUGAUAGGCGCAGAACCGACCUGCUCGCUGAGCGCAGACGCUUCCGGGAUGCCAAGCAGGUGGACUUCGAAGAGCGGAUGAUGCACCGGCGGCAUGAAAAGAUGCUUAUCUUGGCUCAUAGUCUGCGAACUGUCAGCGAGCCGGUAGUUUACUACAAACCCUGGGAGCUCACCAAAGAACAAGAGCGUAUCCUCGAUGAACAAGUCCGCGAAGCCGAGGAGACUAUUACCAGGGAGGUGCGCCAGUUCGAACUCAAACAUGGAAGGCCGCCAAAGAAUGAAGUCAAGGUCCCGCCAAAGUCUGAGAUCCCGCCACCGCCACCAUCACCACCAUCAACCCAUGUUGACGUUGUCCGGAAUGAACAAGAUCAAGUUGGCGAUGACAAGGGCGUCAUUGCCACUAGCAUUGAUACUACCACUCAUGACCAGGACCAUGAUGGCGACGAGAUGAUACAAGACGGGGAGGAUAUGGUCAUAUACUAGAGGUAACUUUACCUAUCCCCGCUUUGAAAAUAUAUCCCAGUGUGGGUUCUGCCUGUCGGUUAUUGUCGCCUUGGGUUUUGGUCUAAAACAACGGCUGUAUUGUUGAAAGCUAGCUGGCUAGCCGAUGUUCCAUGACCGUCCAACGUCGGGGCCAUAUAUGUGAAAGUAAAGGAGCAUACCCCAACCAAGGAGGG